CUCCAAGAAUGAUCGAUGUGUAUCUCUAUAUUAAAAGGUAUUAAAUUUGAUUUGUUCUUCUCGCGCGCGGUUGGCAACCCUGAGCCACUGACGCAAGGCCACGUACGUAAACAAAAUGACCUUAUCCUGAGGUGGCUCCAUUUUUCUUGUGCUCUAGAAACGCUUAUUUGUAGAUCCUGAUAAAGUCCUUGCAAGAGAGCGAGCAAUAGAGGCUGCACGACAGCGCAUGCAAGAGGAAUACAAUAAGCGUGCUAUGGCGCAUGCUGAGAAGGUUCAAGAAGUGGAAGAGAAGAAGCGUCAGGAACGUAUAGAAGAUUGGGAACGCCAUGAGCGAGGGGAGGGAUACCGUAACAAAACUAGAUAUACAACAGCAUCAGAGCCAGCAGCAGUGGUGCCAGGUCCUUCUGCAUCUCAAUCUAAAUCUUCAGGGAAACUCCACUACGGCCAGAGUACAAUCCCCUUACGGGAGAAGGAGGUGGAUCAUGCCGAUUCAGACCUGACCGAAGAGGGCCUUCUGCUGGUGGAUGAGGUUAAUAACUGUACACACCGCAUACCCUCAAAAAGCAUCCAUUUAUAACCUGUGAAUAUAUCUAUGAAAAUAGGAUUUUCCAUACUAGAUAUAAUAAACAAGCUAUCUUUUAUUUUUCUGUUACACAUGAAAUAUAUUGGAAUUGAAUUUUCUUUUACAUAGGAAUUGAUCCUAGUACAUCAAUAAUAUAAGAUGUGUACAUUGUUCUUUAAAACACGAAUUUCACUAUAUCAUAGGAAAUAUAGAUGCUUUAAAAAGAGGAGGUGUGUACAAUAUUGUUGGAUAUCUUCUUUCUGAUACGUAAGCUGUUUGAUUAACAUUGAUUCAUGUUACAUUAAAAAGAAAAAAGAAUCCAACAAAGAUCAUUCUAAUGAUUCAGAUAAUGCCAGUCAUAAUGAAGUGGUAAGCCAAACCAGCACAGAGCUGUGGCUUACUGUGGAUGCUUUAACCUGGCACUGUCAUGUUCAGAAAAGAGUCGUAUUAAUUUUUUGAGGGUUUUUAUGGAACUCUACCAUUUGGAACAUGAAUGAUUAUUGUCUGAAUAUAUUGGAAUGAUGUGGAGCAUACUUUGGAAUAAAUGACUUUGUUAUUGUGCGAAUUAAAGGAAAACAUGCUGAACCAAGGGAAAAACCUUUUUGAUUUAACCAUUGCUUAAGAAAAUGGUCUUCUUUGCCAUUAUUUGUGCUAGUCUAUCAUCUAAAAGAGAAACUUGAUGUUGCAGUACAUACAUAGAAACUAUCCUUGGUUUAUUUUUAACAGUAAUGUUGUACUUGAUUAUAUUAGAGUGUACUUUCUUUGAUGAUUAUUGUUUAUUAUUGAUCAUCAAACCCUUUCAAGUGUUCCAGUAGUUUUCAGUAAGGAACUGUUUAUGAUAUUAUGACUUGGCCAUCCCUAGUGCUAUAUAAUCUUGAAUAAAAUUUAUUGCAAC